CGAGGGGGUGGGGCCUGGGCCGGCGGUGGGGAUCCGGCCUGGGGCCUGGACUGCAAUCCCGGGCAGUCUGCGGCUCCCAGCGGAGACAGGGUGAGCGGGAUCCAGGACAACACAGGAAUCAGCUUCCUGGGCCAUGCCAGUUUUAAGGCCUAUUUCUUCUUGUGAGCCCCAGCAGAAGACAGAUGGGCCAGUCCUCACAGUGGAUGACUUCCCAUGCCUGAGCAAGAGAUGGGAUAGUACCUGGGUUCUGUCCAUCACCAGUGGAAGCGUUUAAUAAGCCAGCUGAAUGAAGGGAUGUAGUGGACCUCUGAGAGGGACGCUGAAGCCUGCAGUGGGGGGGAGGGGCCUGGACGCACCCCUUCCCCCCAAGACUUUCCCUAUCAAGGUCCACUCAGCCAUGGACUUUGGACCCGGAUAAGAGGAGAGAAGCUGCACUUUGCUGGAUUUAAUUUGGAAUACCCCGUUUUGGAAAUGGAGUGCUGAUGCAGUUUGAUGAUCUUGGGGGAACAACUCAGAGAAGAGAAGAAAGGUUGUAUUCUGGUUCCUUCCUGGAGCCUGGCAAAAAACAGUUCAGUUGCAUUGGCUGAUACCUUCAACACAGUAUUAAAUACCCUUGGAGAUCUUGCGCAGCUUGGAUUUGCUCCUGACAUUCAUGGGAAUGCCUUGUGCUUUCUUAUUAGGUGUAUGGCUGCUUUCUGAUCCUGUAGCAUAGAGGAAGCAACUCUAGAAUUUGGGAGAGUGCACCAGGUAAGCCAACAGCAGCCUCAAGUCAUACCUUUGCCUGCCCUCCCCUGUGGGGGCCAGGAUGCUGAAGAAGCAGUCUGCUGGGCUUGUGCUGUGGGGUGCUAUCCUCUUUGUGGCCUGGAAUGCCCUGCUGCUCCUCUUCUUCUGGACACGUCCAGUGCCUAGCAGGCUGCCGUCAGACAAUGCUCUCGAUGAUGACCCUGCCAGCCUCACCCGUGAGGUGAUCCGCUUAGCUCAGGAUGCCGAGGUAGAGUUGGAACGUCAGCGGGGACUGUUGCAGCAGAUUAAGGAGCACCAUGCUCUUUGGAGCCAGCGGUGGAAGGUGCCUACUGCAGCCCCUCCUGCUCAGCCGCAUGUGCCUGUGACCCCACCGCCAGCUGUGAUCCCCAUCCUGGUAAUUGCCUGUGACCGCAGCACCGUCCGCCGCUGUUUGGACAAGCUGCUGCAUUAUCGGCCUUCAGCUGAGCUGUUCCCCAUCAUUGUCAGCCAGGACUGUGGGCAUGAGGAGACAGCCCAGGUCAUUGCUUCCUAUGGCAGCGCAGUCACACACAUCCGGCAACCUGACCUGAGCAACAUUGCUGUGCAGCCCGACCACCGCAAGUUCCAGGGCUACUACAAGAUCGCACGGCAUUACCGCUGGGCACUGGGCCAAAUCUUCCACAAUUUCAACUACCCAGCAGCUGUGGUGGUGGAAGAUGAUCUCGAGGUGGCACCAGACUUCUUUGAGUACUUCCAGGCCACUUACCCACUGUUGAAAGCAGACCCCUCCCUCUGGUGUGUGUCUGCCUGGAAUGACAAUGGCAAAGAACAAAUGGUAGAUUCGAGUAAGCCAGAGUUACUCUACCGCACAGAUUUCUUUCCUGGUUUAGGCUGGUUACUGUUGGCUGAACUCUGGGCUGAACUGGAGCCCAAGUGGCCCAAAGCCUUCUGGGAUGACUGGAUGCGCCGGCCUGAGCAGCGAAAGGGGAGGGCCUGUGUGCGUCCAGAAAUCUCAAGAACGAUGACAUUUGGCCGCAAGGGUGUGAGCCAUGGGCAGUUCUUUGACCAGCAUCUCAAGUUCAUCAAGCUGAACCAGCAGUUUGUGCCCUUCACCCAGCUGGACCUGUCGUACCUUCAGCAGGAGGCCUAUGACCGGGAUUUCCUUGCUCGUGUUUAUGGUGCUCCCCAGUUACAGGUGGAGAAAGUGAGGACCAAUGACCGGAAGGAGCUAGGAGAGGUGCGCGUACAGUACACAGGCAGGGACAGCUUCAAGGCUUUUGCCAAGGCCCUGGGUGUCAUGGAUGACCUCAAAUCAGGUGUACCCAGGGCUGGAUACCGGGGCAUUGUCACCUUCUUAUUCCGGGGCCGCCGUGUCCACUUGGCACCCCCUCAGACUUGGGAUGGCUAUGAUCCUAGUUGGACUUAACAGCUCCUGCCUGUCCAUUCUGGGCUCCUUCCUUGCAAUUUCAUGAUCUAAGAUGGGACUGUAGUCCCUGGGCUGCAUUGUCUUUUCUGUCUUUCCCUCUUGGGUCCAUUUUUUUUUUUUUUUUUUUUCUUUUUGGAGUGGCAUUUGAA